AUGAGUGACAUCCAAGAGGCGAACGUCUCUACUCAACAACCUCAGUCGGAGCAGCAUUCGAUGCAGAUGGCGACGACAAAUGGACCACCGUUUGCACCGGUCAGCGACCGACGCGGUGGACCUAUGGAUUUUGGUGAGCCCAUGCAGGAUAUUCAGCCUCUUCCUUCCCAACAACAACAACAACAACAACAACAACAACAACAACAACAACAACAGCAGCAGCAGCAGCAGCACUCCCAAUUACAACCCCAGUGUCAGCCCCAGGGUGAGGGACAGCACGACCCUCGAAUGUUGAUGCACCCACUUCAGCCGCAGAUCUCGAAUCAGUCGACCCAAUCCAACCAGUCCUUCCAGUCUGUCGAAUCUGGCGAUUCGUCUUCCCAACAACAGAAUAGUGGCGGUGGUUUUUCCGGGGGCUCCGCGCCUUCUCAGCAACAGCAACAAAUGCAACAACAACAACAACAACAACAACAACAACAACACCAUCCUCUAAAACUGCAACAGCCUUACAUAAACCCAUCCCAGGCUACCACCUCUUCGUCAUUGACGUCCGCAUCAGGUCACCUUGCACCUCCACAGCACUCACUUGAGAAACCGAGAUCGAGACGGUGGUCGAUUACGGGGCGGUUCUUCGAGAAGCGCAAGUCUAUCACAGAGCCAUUUCAUGCCCCUGGCGGAGCGCCUUCGAGUUCUUUCUCGUCGUCAUAUAAAAGUACGAAUGCGAAUAUUGUAAGUGGUGCGGAUGGGAAGGGGGAUAGUUUGGGUGGACCAGAGUCGAGUUUUGGACGCCGUGCACAGAAUAACGGUGGGAACUUUAAUCAUACCAGCAAUACCAGUAACAACAACAACAACAACAAUACGAUGACGGCAUCGACAAUGGGCGCUGGCAGCAUUAAUUCCCAGAGCAGCAGCAAUGGAACAGGAGGAGGAGGAACGGACUCGAAGAACAGCUCCCCCCCAGGCAGUAACGUUAACAGUCGUCGGUCGAGUCUUGCAGAUCUUCCCAAGGCGAUCUUGUCGUCCUUGCGUCGGAGCUCGUUGGUCGGUCCUGGUGAUGCCUGCAAUGUCAUGGCUGCUGUUGCUGCUUCGAUAGGUAGUGCUGGUGUAGUACAAGGAGCAGGGGAUACGAUUAUGGAGGAAGAUGAGGAUCUGGAUGAGGAUGGUGGAGUUUCGAAGGUCUGGGUGGCUCUUCCCAAGGCCCCGCCGCACGAUCCGCAUACCAGUCGACCCCCACCCAAGAGUAUCCUCAAAAAGCGGCCCUCUGAGAUUAACGUCGCUACUGCCGACGCCGCCGGUGUCGAUUCUGCUACUGCUGGUGCUGCGGCGUCUACUGGAGAUGCUGCUGCUGAUGACGCCAGUGCUACCUCUACCGCUAACGCAAACGCCACCAGCGAUCAGCUGCCUGAUCAGACGCUGAGUUCAGAGAAUGUCCACCCGAUGGCGACCUCAGAUAUGGACGUUACAGACAUCGACCUUUUCACGCCCACUGACCACCGCGCCCGCCUCCUCACCCAUUCACCCAAACCCACCCACCCACAACAUCACCUCGUCAACGACAACGCUGACAAGAGCCACAUCUUGAUAGGUGGUGCAGGAUCACCCAUGCCUAGCAACAACUCUGACAGUGUCUCCAGCAACAACAAUAACAAAAACAAUAACAACAACCACAACAAGGUUCAGCAAGUAGCGGUGUCGUCAUCGCAAGGGGCAGCGUUACCGCCUGAUUUCACACCAGGAGUACAAUCCAACUCGUACUACAAAGACCGCGGCGGCGAGCGUGGGCAAGGGGCUGUCGGGGAUUACAUCUCCCAGGAUGAGCUGCUCACCCAGCAGAUGAUGGGUAUUAGCUCCCGGGCCCAGGAUCUCGCGAAGCAGUACUAUAGCACCAGCGCCAACAACACCAACAACACCAACAACCAAACCUCCUCUACUGCCCAUACCCUCGCUCCGAUUGCUUCUGCGGCGGCCAGUGCCGGAAGGAAACGCUCGAUCUACUUCCUGGAGACAGUGGAAAUCAUCCCAGCACACAGGAAGUCGGAUUAUAACAGACAGAGCGAUAAGCAUGCGACGUUCAAGAUCUUGACGCCGGAUAUGAAGUCUGAGAUCCGGGAUGAGUUAAAUACUUACAAGAUGCGCGAGAUGGCAGUUCAUGUUGAGAGUAUGGCUAAUACUGCUUUUCAUUGA